AUGGGUCUCCCGCUGGAGCAGUGGCGCGGCGGCGGCGAGGCGGACGGCGGCAAGAAGCAGGCCGUCGACGCGUCGUCGUCGUCGUCGGUGGCCGGGUGCAGGACGCCUGACGGUGCCAACGGGCAGGCGGCCAGGGACUGCCCCGCCGCGCCCCGGAAGAGGAGGGCCCCCGCGGGCGUGGUCGCGCAGCAGCAGCAGCGCAGGGACUUUUACACCGGCGACGACGUCGAGGCCUUCUUCGCCGCGCACAACCUCUAG